UUGUCAAUUGUCUUGCUCUAUUUUGUAACAAAAACCAAAAUAUAAAUUAAAAAAUUUUAAAUUUAUUUCAUUGGCAAUACAAAAUUCUCGCAAAAAGUAUUCAAACCGACAACAAUAAUGGCAUCUUCAUGUGCUGUUGCCAUAGCAGCCUUUUUCCAAAUUGUACUACGUAUUUCAUUUUUCAUUGAACAGACCAGUGACAGAUGUUCGUCAGCACCCACUUUGGCAAGUUGGAUAUUUUUAAUUGCCUUUUUAGACAUACUUCUGGAUAUAAGUAUCUACCCUAUACGUUAUAUGCAUUUACCUUAUAUCUGUCAAAUUGUGGCCGAAACUAUAAUAACGGUAUUUCUAACAGAAUUUGGUUUAUUAAUGGUAUGGUGUACCAUAGAGAAAAUUUGCUGUAAAUUAAGUAAUUCACUGUUGCUGUUUAUUGGUAUGACACCACGUUUUUACUAUGACUGGGAGAGUUAUAUAUUGGGUUUCGUUACUAUUACAACAAGUUUGGCUAUACUUUUGUUUGUCGGUCAAGCCACCGAUCAUGUUCAUUUUAUGCGUAAAAGAUCUAUGCGCUUGUGUCGUAAGAUUAAUUCGUAUGUAGUGGAAACUUGGUCAAAGUUACGUUCAUUAUUGAUGGUGGCAAAUAAAUGUGGUAAUGCAAAGCAUUCGAUAGAAGCUGAAUGUUUUAACAUGGAUUCUGAGGUAAUAUAUCCAGUAAGACGCAAUAACAAUAGACGUAAUCGUAGCAAAAGUCGUGCAGGUCGUAGUCGUAGCCGUAAUAGAAGAUGAGUUUAAAUGAAAAUAUUAUUUAAAAUGUAAAAUAAAUCGGUGAUAAAAUUUA